CCAUGUUUCAAGGGCAACGGGGUUGGUUCUGCAGCAGCGUUAGCGGGGACCUGAGGCAGUUUUGGGUGGCUGAAGGGGGGGCGAUCAGUGACUCGAGGGCCGCGGACUUCUUAUUCAGCUGUGAUGCUUCCCAUCCAGACACCCUGAGAAUAUAUCAGAGCCUCGAUUACAUAGAAGAUAAUGCUACAGUUUUUCAUGCCUACUAUCUCUCUGCAGUAGCUAAUGCCAAAAUGAAGAACUCAGUGGCUUUAGGUCAUUUCAUUCUUCCUCCUGCAUGCCUGCAAAAAGAAAUAAGAAGAAAAAUUGGUAGUUUUAUUUGGGAACAAGACCAAAUAAAAAAGCAUGAAGAAGUAAUACCAAAUGAAAUAAAGGCCGUUAGGGAAAGCAGUGAACUAGCAACAGACCACAAAAAAGAAUUAUCCAAAAGCACAGAAAAGCAUUUUACAAGGACUCCAGUUAUAGAAAAGCAGAUGUACUUCCCUCUCCAGAAUUAUCCAGUGAACAACAUGGUAACAGGUUAUGUAUCAAUUGAUGUCAUGAAGAAAUUCCUUGGGGAACUACAUGACUUCAUUCCUGGAAGUUCAGGAUAUUUAGCAUACCAUGUUCAAAAUGAAAUUAACAUGUCAGCUAUAAAAAACAAAUUGAAGAGGAAGUGUUAAGUUAAAUUAUUCCUGUAUCUGAGCAUUUAUUUUCUAUAAAACAUUACCAAAGAUGUGCAUAAUUUUACAUUCUCCCCUUUGAGACAGUGAGAUGGGGAAAUGAGAAAGAAUUCUUCUCUUUCUUCUCCAAAUGUGCCUUUAGGAAAUUCAGAAUUAUUUUGGCUCUGUGUUUUGACAUUUGGGCUGGACUUUUCCCCCAGCUUGUAACAUACAUCCAUAAAUUCUGAGUGUACAGUUGUUAUGAAGUAAUUGUCAUUGAAACAUACUUUACUAGAAAUCUCAAUCUC